UGGAGAUAUCGUAUGCCACGUCGAGCAAUGGCGACAUCGCUGACAUUGACAUGGGCUGCGGCAUGGUUAGGCAGGUGAGAGUCACACCCCUUGAGCGCCCCACUCCAUCUUCACCUCUCCUCCCCUCCGCUUCAGUCCUCUCACAAUGGAAGCUUAAGAUCCUCGGCAUGCCAGCGACUGAGUGGUUGGAGCUCCUACUCCCUUGUUCUCGCUGGAUUCGGACCUACCGUUGGGGUGAAUACCUUCAAGUUGAUCUCAUGGCCGGUAUAACCGUUGGUGUUAUGCUUGUCCCCCAGGCAAUGUCAUAUGCAAAGUUGGCAGGGCUUCAUCCAAUUUAUGGACUCUAUUCUGGAUUUGUUCCUAUAUUUGUUUAUGCUCUGUUUGGUUCAUCUCGUCAACUUGCUAUUGGUCCUGUGACUCUGGUCUCUCUCUUAGUUUCCAAUGUUCUAAGUAACAUUGUUGAUCCUUCAGAGGAGCUAUACACAGAGCUUGCUAUAUUAUUGGCUUUUAUGGUUGGUGUAUUGGAAUGCAUAAUGGGGCUUCUGAGACUUGGUUGGCUUCUUCGUUUCAUAAGCCACUCUGUAAUCUCUGGUUUCAUUACAUCUUCAGCCAUUGUAAUCGCAUUAUCUCAAGCCAAAUACUUCUUGGGUUACAAUGUGGAACGUAGCAGUAAAAUUGUACCACUUGCUCGAAGUAUAAUUGCUGGAGCUGGAGAUUUCUCAUGGCCCCCUUUUGUGAUGGGAUCAACCAUUCUUGCAAUUAUUCUUGUCAUGAAGCACCUGGGGAACACAAAAAAAAACUUCAGAUUUCUAAGAGCAUCAGGACCACUAACAGCAGUCAUCCUGGGUACCACUUUUGUGAAAUUUUUUCACCCAUCUUCAAUUUCUGUGGUUGGUGACAUACCCCAGGGAUUUCCAAAGUUCCACUUUCCUAGAGAGUUUCAUUAUGCUGAGUCUCUGAUUUCAACUGCAGUCCUUAUAACUGGCGUGGCAAUAUUGGAAUCUGUGGGAAUUGCCAAAGCUUUAGCGGCCAAGCAUGGGUAUGAAUUGGACUCUAACCAAGAGUUAUUUGGCCUUGGUAUGGCAAACAUCUGCGGUUCAUUCUUCUCUACAUAUCCUACCACUGGAUCAUUCUCUAGAUCAGCAGUAAAUCAUGAGAGCGGGGCUAAAACUGGAUUAUCUGGGGUUGCUAUGGGACUUACAAUGGCAUGUGCUCUAUUUUUUCUGACACCACUUUUCAGGGAUAUACCUCAGUGUGCAUUGGCUGCCAUUGUAAUAUCUGUUGGCAUCAGUCUAGUGGAUUAUGAGGAAGCUUUCUUUUUGUGGCGUGUAGAUAAGAGAGAUUUUCUUCUUUGGACUAUAACUUGUGUUAUGACACUGUUUCUUGGUAUUGAGAUUGGUGUGCUCGUUGGGGUUGGUUCCUCCCUUGCAUUUGUCAUCCAUGAAUCAGCAAAUCCACACAUCGCUAUCUUAGGCCGUCUUCCUGGAACAACUGUUUACAGGAAUAUAGACCAGUACCCAGAAGCAUAUAUAUACAUUGGUACCGUCGUUAUUCGAAUUGAUGCGCCCAUCUACUUUGCAAACAUAAGUUAUAUCAAGGAUAGGCUUCGAGAAUAUGAACUUAAUGUUUCUGGAAGCUCAAAGCAUGGACCAGAACCUGAGAGGAUCUAUUUUGUGAUUAUAGAAAUGGCAUCUGUUCCAUACAUAGACUCAAGUGCAGUCCAAGCUCUUAAAGACUUGCAUCAGGAAUACAAAUCAAGGGAAAUCCAGAUUGCUAUAUCUAAUCCAAACAGAAGUGUGCUUCUAACUCUCUCGCGAGCUGGUUUAAUUGAGCUGAUCGGCAAGAAAUGGUACUUUGUGAGUGUUCAUGAUGCUGUAAAAGCAUGCCUGCAGCAAAUGCAAAGCUACCAUGGAUCAACACCAAGGGCAGGAGAUCAGAGUGCAGGCAGACAACCAGGAUUCAUGCAGAGACAAUGGAGACAUCUAAGUGGAGAUGAAUCAACAAACAUUGAUCAUGAACCAUUUCUGCCUCCAAAGGUGGUUUGAGCUCUAUAGUGCUUCUCUUUCUCACAUCUGAUAAUUUCACUGUAAAUGAGAACCAAUUAGCAAACAAUGCUGGCAUUUAUUCAAGAAAAUAAGCAAAAAAUCAGACAUUUAAUAAAUAAGCAUUGCUUCCAUUUUAUGAGUCCUAUGACCAGCA